CCCGUCUACCACGAUCCCUGGGCUAAGCGUGAGGCCUGGCGCAAGCACCCCAUCUUCUCCAAGACUGCUGGUCUGAGAACUCUUUUCCCUGGUUUGGGCAUUGCCACAGUCGCAUUUGCUGCUUAUUGCGGUUAUGAGGCUGUUUUCCUCAAAGACAAGAAGCAC